GCAUAAACAGCAGGUGUGGCACCUACAGGCAUCAGAAGCGCAAACUCGGAUGUUCUGGCUUCAGGAGUUGCAGAAACAUCGUCGAUCCUACAGCUACAAGCAGACGAGUCUCUCUCACUCGUCGUCACGCACAUCCAGAAAAGUUGAGAGCAGUGAAGAUAAAGGACUUGCUCAUCCUCCCCUGAUUAGUGUCGAGUGUCCAGAGACUGCUACCCAAAUGCUGGCUCCAGUAGCGCCACCUAGUGAGGAGAUUGGCGAACACGUCGCGGAUAAAAAGGAAGCGUGGACGCCAGAUUUCAACACCAUCACCUCGCAGCUAAAAAAUGCUCUCGUCCUGAAGAAACCCUUGAAGAGCAAAGAUUCCUAUACUUUGAAUGAAGAGUGUUGUGUAGACACAGUUCCCACAACGCAAACCCUGACCAACAAAGAUCCGAUGAAGAAAGCCCGUCUGCCGACUCUCAAAGCUUUCUAUAGACGACGUAUGUCGACUAACGCAGAAACCGCACGGAUAUUAAGUUCAUCGGAGCAGGAAUGUACAAAAUGCCAGCAGUUGGAGCUCUUCAUCAUGACCUUGAGAGAGGACUUGGCUGCCGCUGACGCAGAGCUUGGUGCAGCGCGAACAUCAAACAGCGAGCUACAGAAGAAGAUUGACUGUCUGGAGCUGCAUAGGAGCUCAUGGAAUUUUUUGAACUCCUGUGACUUGGAGAAGGAUAAGUUAGAGCUGCUGCACAAUAGGGAGGAGCAAACUAUUGAUAUGCAACACCAGGUGGCUUUACUUAGUAAACAAGAGCAAAUCCUCAACAGCAAGAUUGAAACUCUAGAAUUUGAGAAUAAAGACUUCAAAUCAAAUCUGUCAAUGUUUGAAGAAACGAUGCAAGCAAAGGAUGAGGUUGUAAUGUCACUGAGCCACAGAAUAAUAGAACUGGAGGAGGAGGCGGAGAAUCAUCGGCACUGUAAGAAGACGGGGGCGCGCGUGGAUGGAAGGAGCAAGUUCUACGAAGACGACGAUGUGACGUCACUGCGCGAAGCCGAGAUAAAGAUGCGUGAAGCGCGCGACCAGAUUACGGACUUGGAGGAUGCAGUGUCUGCGUUCGAGACACAGAACAAGUUUCUCAGCAUGGAGAUUCUAGAACUGCACCAACUGAGAGAGGAUGGUGAUGUUAGGGAAGUUAAUCUACACACCACCUGCAAGGAAUGGGAGGCAAGGUAUUACCAGAUACACAGCAAGUACCUGAUGUUGUUGAACGAAUGGAACAAGCCGCGGCGCGAGGGAGAGCAGGAGGAGGCGUCCACACAGGAAGUCGUAUCGAGACUGCUCCACGAUGCGAUAGAUGGAGAAGAGCUUGGCCUCCCCGAACAUCCAACGCGCCUGUCAGACUCAGGAUCAGAGCUGUAUGAUGCGUAUGGGUUUAGCCGUCACUCCAUGGUAUCUGGUGGUGAUGCUUCCCAGUCUGUGAUACAGAAAGCUGAGAUACUUAAACUCAGAUAUGAGGAUAUCAUAUCAAAGAUCACAGACUUGGACAGGGUGUCGGUUCAGGUGAAGUGGGAGAACUUCAUGGCGGGGCUAGGCAGCAGGGACCCGGCGCGCAGUCAGGAGGUGAAGAACCUGGUACGCGCGGGUGUGCCACACGAGUUCCGCUGCCGCAUCUGGAGCUGGUGUGUCGACUCUCGCGUCGCACCGAAGAGAGCAGCGCUGCCUCCCAAAUACUACCAUUCUCUUCUAUCGGCCAGACACGGCAGCACCAAACACAACCCUGCAGCUAAGCAGAUAGAGCUGGAUCUUCUAAGGACUCUGCCUGACAACAAACAUUACGAGGAUAUGUCUUCCGCAGGUGUCCCGAAGCUGCGGCGUGUGCUACUGGCGCUGAGCCGUCACAAUCCGAUCGUCGGCUACUGCCAGGGUCUGAACCGCGUCGCGGCGAUUGCGCUGCUGCUGCUUGGGGAGGAGCAAGCGUUCUGGUGCAUGGUGGCCAUUGUUGAACACAUCAUGCCACCCGACUAUUACAGCAGUACACUGAUGGCAGCGCAGGCAGACCAGAGAGUGCUGAAGGACUUGGCCGCAGAGAAGCUACCACGGCUAGCAUCUCACAUCGAUCGCUACGGCGUGGACCUGUCCUUAUUCACGUUCAACUGGUUUCUGUGCGUGUUCGUGGACACGUCCGUGUCAGUUGAGCUCUACCUGAGAAUAUGGGAUGCCUUUCUGUACGAGGGAGGCAAGGUCCUGUUCAGGUUUGCACUUGCCAUUCUAAAGCAACACGAGCCAGCUAUAUUGCAACUGAACAACUACAUGGCGAUAUACAAACACAUGCAGAGCAUGGGAACGUGCUGCCCAGACUACAAGAAGCUUACACAUGUGGCAUUCGGCGAGUUGAAUCCAUUUCCGAUGAAGCAUAUAGCUAGCAGACGUCAAGCACAUUUACUACAAGUUAAGGCAGAGUUUGAAGAGUUGCAGAAAAUGCGAGAGGAAUUUCAAUCCAGCCAAACAGUUGAGACAGAGAGAGACAUAUGGUGUGAGGAGGAUAUUACAUAGAGGCUAUGAUAGAGGCUAUGAUAGAUGCUAUGGUAGAGGCUAUGAUAAAGGCUAUGAUAGAGGCUAUAAUAGAGGCUAUGAUCAGGUGACUUUCGGGGGCAUAGCCUAUGCCCUUAUCUCCCAUUAUCUUUCCUAGCACGGCUAAUGCCUGUCA